ACCAAAAUGAAUUCAACAGGGACCUUCCAACCUUUGUCCCAAAGUCACGCUACAAAUAGCCCAUUCCUUACUCCUGACUUCAUCAGCCUUUUGAUUGACUCACUCAAUAACCUGCGCUUGAAAUAAGCCUAAAGUAUACCACAUUGAGAUAGUAAGAGCACAAGCAUUGUUCUUUUCUAAGACUAGAGAAACCAAAUGGAAGGAAAGGAAGAAGAUGUGAGGUUGGGAGCUAAUAGGUACAGAGAGAGGCAGCCUAUUGGAACAGCAGCUCAAAGCCAAGACACCAAGGACUAUCAGGAGCCACCUCCAGCUCCUAUCUUUGAGCCUGGGGAGUUAUCAUCAUGGUCCUUUUACAGGGCAGGCAUAGCAGAGUUUGUGGCCACAUUCUUGUUCCUUUACAUCACUGUUUUAACAGUGAUGGGUGUGAACAAAUCUCCUAGUAAGUGUUCUACUGUGGGUAUUCAAGGCAUAGCUUGGGCUUUUGGUGGGAUGAUCUUUGCUCUUGUCUAUUGUACUGCUGGCAUUUCAGGAGGUCAUAUUAACCCAGCAGUGACUUUUGGGCUGUUGUUGGCAAGGAAGCUCUCGCUGACCAGGGCUGUGUUUUACAUGAUAAUGCAAUGCUUGGGAGCUAUCUGUGGUGCUGCUGUGGUAAAGGGCUUCCAAAAAAACCAGUACGAGAGGCUUGGUGGUGGAGCCAAUACCAUCAGCCAUGGAUAUACCAAGGGUGAUGGCCUUGGAGCAGAGAUUGUUGGCACCUUUGUGCUUGUCUACACUGUCUUCUCUGCCACUGAUGCCAAGCGAAAUGCCCGGGAUUCCCAUGUUCCUAUCUUGGCACCACUGCCUAUUGGGUUUGCAGUGUUUCUGGUUCACUUGGCCACCAUUCCUAUCACAGGAACUGGUAUCAACCCAGCUAGGAGUCUUGGUGCAGCCCUCAUUUACAACAAGGACCUUGCUUGGGAUGACCAUUGGAUAUUCUGGGUUGGACCAUUCAUUGGGGCAGCACUUGCUGCUUUGUACCAUCAGAUAGUGAUCAGGGCCAUCCCGUUCAAGUCAAAGUGAUGCAUCAUUGAAGCAAAGACCUGAAAAAUGACUGGUUGAUAUAUGUAGUUAUUCUACCCAGUGGGAAAUCUCCCUCUAUCAGUUUUCCUUCUACCAUGGUUUUUUCUUGUAUUUUCUUCUUCAUGUAUGAAAAAGGUCAAGCAAACAAAAAGAUGAGGCCUAUGUUCUAGUCUUACUCAACUUUUCCUCUCAUUUGGGAUUGCUUGUUCUCUAUGUUUUCAUGAUGGCAUGUGUAUAAUUACCCCUUUUGAAAUCAAAAAUAAUUUAUCCUUUUGAAGCUC